AUGCUUGCUCUUUGGAAUUCGAUUCUAAAGCACUAUUCACUCGGUGCAUCCCCACAAGACUCCAUCUUUCUCUUCAAAUUUCUGAGGAGUCUAUCUAAUACCAUGUCCUUUGACAGCUUCACCUACUCGUACCUUAUAAAAGCCUGUGCUAAUAUGAAAUGGCCCGGUGCAGGGAACGGGCUUCACUGUCUGAGCACGAAAGCUGGGUUUGGGUGUCAUGUUCACGUGCAGACUGCAUUGGUGAACAUGUAUGUGGAUUGUGGGUGUUUGGUUGAUGCACAAAACGUGUUUGAAAAAAUGCCCAAGAAGAAUCUGGUGACGUGGAAUGUUCUGAUCACGGGAUUUAUCAAGUGGGGCGAGAUUGAAUUCGCGAGGGCCAUUUUUGAAGUGAUGCCGGAAAAGAACGUGAUUUCAUGGACCGGACUAAUUGAUGGGUAUACUCGUAUGAAUAGAUUUGACGAGGCCUUGUUUUCAUUCCGUCAAAUGGCUGUUCAUGAAGGGAUUAAGCCUACAGAAGUCACCCUUCUUGCAAUUUUCCCAUCCAUAUGGAAUACAGGGUGUCUCUUGUUCUGCCAAGUUGUUCAUGCUUACGGGGAGAAAAGCGGACUCAAUAGCAUGGAUAUUCGUGUUAUGAACUGUUUAGUCGAUGCAUACGCUCGAUGUGGGAGUAUAGAAAGUGCUUUUAGAGUAUUCGAGGACAUUGAUGAUAUGAGAAAGAAUUUAGUUUCUUGGACUUCAAUUAUAUCCGGAUUCGCCAUGCACGGGAUGGCUGUAGAAGCUUCCGGAUUUUAUGAAAAAAUGGAAAAUAAAGGUUUGAAGCCGAACGAAAUUACCUUUCUUAGUAUGCUGAGUGCCUGCAGCCAUGGCGGCCUUGUGGAGGAAGGGCUUGAUUUUUACGGAAAGAUGGUCGAUUUUUAUAGGAUUUCACCGGGGAUUAAGCAUUACGGGACUUUGAUCGACAUGUUGGGAAGGGCCGGGAGAUUGGAGGAGGCCGAGAGAAUAGCUCUCAGCAUACCUAAUGAAAUUGGUAAUAAUAACGCUGUGGUGUGGAGAACGCUCUUAGGUGCGUGUAGCUUUCACGGUGAUGUUGAGAGAGGAGAGAGAGUGACGAGGAGAAUCGUGGAGAUGGAGAGAGAAUAUGGAGGUGACUAUGUGCUAAUGUCCAAUAUAUUUUGUGGUGCGGGUAGGUUUGAAGACUCGGAGAGAGUACGGAGGUUAAUGGAUGAACAAAAUGCUUUGAAAGUUCGGGGCAUCGUUACGUUGGUGUAA